GUAGCAAGACAGCUGUUUGAAGCCGUGGAAUUCAUGCACGAUCAUGGUGUCGCCCACAUGGACAUCAAACCAGACAACAUCCGGAUUCCGUUGGGAUACGGCCGCCUAACGAUAAUCGAUUUCGGGUUGUCUGUCCGUGUCAAGGGGCCAAGAGAUAUGCUGGAGGGGUAUAGGGGAACGCCGGAAUACAGCGCUCCAGAAGUCGACAGUACCAGAUACAGUCCAAUCCGGGCCGACUUGUGGUCGGUCGGGCAAGUCGUG